CUCUAGUUUCUGCAGCGCGUGAAACUAACAGUCUGAAAUGGCGGAUGAAUGGAAACAGAAGUGCGAUUCGGAGUGGAGUUUGGGGACACAUGGCGUGCCCAUGCCCGACAGCGUGGACUGGAAAUUGGUGUACGAGAAGAAGCCGUUUGAGCGAAACCUUCUCCAGAACCCUUCGCCAUAUGGUGUAAACCACACCAUCCCACCACCUGAACUCCAUGUUACGGGAAAACGACCCCCUGCAAAUCAACCACCCAAGUUUGAGCCAGAUGGUAAUUUCUCUGGCUGGAACACUAGUACAGAGGUUUUGCCAUAUGACACUAGUGGAAUACCACCUGGGGUUGUGGUCUGCCACAUGCCUCAGUACAGAUGGUUUUCUUUAGAGCAGCGUGUGGACCUGAAGGCAGAGGGUCUGUGGGACCAACUGCUGGAUGAGUUCCAACCUGAGAUAGUCAUUGAGGACUGGUAUGAGGAAAGCCAGCUUCAUAAGUCAAUCUAUCUGCUGGAUGUGAAGCUUUUGGGUGCUGAUGGUAAGACGGUCAUCAAGGAACACAUCUGUAGCCCUGAAGAAAACCUGCAGUGCUACUCACACACCUGGAAAAAGGUCUCCCAUGCAUUCUCCAACUAUGGGCCCGGGGUGAGGUACAUUCACUUCCUCCACAGACUAAAGAACAAGUUCAUGAUUGAAUUCUUUAAUACCAAGGUUACCGACAGCUCGAUUACUAUCAAAGCCACCAAAAUGUAAAUCAGUAUGAUAUAAUCCAUCACGGUCAAAAAAAACUUGUGGGAAGUGAUGCACUCCAUAGAUGUCUCUCUGUCUUUUGGAACAAAGAAUUAUUGUCUUAUGUUAAAAUGUUUUCAUUAAUUGACUGCACUAAGAUGUAUCACAAGAUGUAUCUAGCAGCUUUAUAGUGUAAUAAAACAUUCCUCAUUUA